UCAAACGAACUCAAUUUACUUCUCCCCAAGGCAAGUGUCCUCUGGGUUCUGGCAGCACAUUUCCUCCACUUUCCCCUCUUGUGCAAAGAUAUCCCAUAGCAAGCACUUACAACAUCCGCAGCAAGCUUAAUUACAAUUAAAUCUUUCUCUCUCUCUCUCUGCUCUGUUUGUUUGGUUUGUUCCUUGCAGAUUCGUUAAAGAAGAGUGGGAAGAUCAGACAUCUCUCUGUCGAUUAAAUAUUGGGUGCAUGCAAAGCUCUAUGGAAAUUCAGUAACAAAAGGCUGGAAAGACCCAGGCAACGGGGACUGAUUUUCUUGGGUUAAACUGAAGAUUGCUUGGGUUCAAUUAACCCUAUCUCUGGAAGUACUCAGGAGGGUUGGAGUUUCAGUUCUUUUUGAUGAACAGGGAUAAUUUGUCUUUGGACAUAAAUUCAUAAUAUCGUUCUUUCAGGCAUUCUUAGGAACAAGGGAGACUGCACAUGAAAAGCAUUCAAUAGCACCUGAAUCCUGGGAAAGGAGUAGAAGCAGCUUUCUUGAAAGUAAAAGGAAAACAAAGAUAGUUAUAGGAUAAUCAAGGCACAUACUUGGCUUGUAUACCACAUCCCAAAUUUUCUUAACAACGUGAAAAUGGGUGGCACGUUGGGGAAGGGUGACUCACCUAGAAAGGGUUGGACUCCAGAAACAAAGCUUGAGGCAAAAAUGGUAGAAGCAAUGCAGAGGAGGGCAUCCAAAGGAUGUGUCAUGAAAUCAUUUGACAGCAUAGUCUUGAAAUUCCCAAAAAUUGACGAGAGUUUUAGAAACUGCAAGACCAUUUUUGAACAAUUUGAUGAGGAUUCAAAUGGUGCAAUAGAUCCAGAGGAGCUGAAGCAUUGCUUCCACAAAUUGGAGAUAUCUUUUACAGAGGAAGAGAUCAGUGACCUCUUUGAGGCGUGCGAUAUCCACGAGAAUAUGGGAAUGAAGUUUAAUGAGUUCAUUGUUCUCCUCUGCCUUGUCUAUCUUCUCAAAGAGGAYCCGGCUGCUCUCCAAUUUAAAUCAAAGAUGGGGUUCCCUAAUCUUGAGGCAACAUUUGAAACAUUGGUUGAUGCAUUCGUGUUCUUGGACAAGAACAGGGAUGGCUAUGUUAGCAAGAAUGAGAUGGUUCAGGCCAUAAAUGAAACUACUUCGGGGGAACGCUCUUCUGGACGAAUAGCCAUGAAAAGAUUUGAAGAGAUGGACUGGGAUAAGAAUGGAAUGGUCACCUUCAAGGAGUUCCUUUUUGCUUUCACCCGUUGGGUUGGGAUGGAUGACAUUGAAGAUGAAGAAGGAGAAGAGAAAGUGUAAAUAACAGAAUAGAUGACAUCCCUAUAAUACUGCCUUCCUGCACUUGAAAGCUGCAAGCUAAGCUUGUCUGAGCAGUCAAAUUAUGAUGUAAGGUCCUGGUUUGAUUUCCCAAUAAUGGUUUUAAGUAUUGAUGAACAUUUUGAAUCAAUCACAUUGGUCAUUCCUCUUGGGUUUGCAACAAAACUCGUGUAAAUAGACUGGCGUGAACCAUUGUAUUUGAUGCAAUUAUAAUUAGAUAAUCAAUCGGUGAUGGUUCUGAAAAAGAAUA